AUGAAGCUUAAUGGCGGCGAUUUGAAAGUGAAAUGGAAUCAUCAUGGCCAUAAAUACAAAUUUAUUCUUACACAGCAAGAAUUAGCUCAAGAUGAUGCCUUUGAGAUUUUAUUGCGAAAAAUUUGUCGAAAACUACCAGAUUUUAAUGAUGUAUUAGCAAGUUAUGAUAAAAAUGGUAGUGAGAAUAUUGUGGCAACAGAUAAUGAAUUUCGUCAACUUAUACUUCUUAGCAAAGGACAUCUAAAAAUGUAUACAAUACGACGAUGUUUGUAUCCACAUCCAUUUCAAUCACAUUCCAUUCCACUUGACAUUGCUCGAUUAAAACGAUUACCUUCACGAUCGAAUAGUUGCUUACAAGGACCGCCACCAUCGUAUCGGGAAAGUCAGAAAGAUGCAAUGCUGCAAAUUCAUAAUCCUUACCAUACAUUACCUUAUUGGGGAUUUACGCCAUUUUCCCAUGUACCAUCAUCCAGUGUUGGUUAUGCUUGUACUCAUUAUGAUACUGUUAUUAGUAGUGGUGCUGGUAAUGGACGUUAUGGACAAUCAUUAAUUUAUGGUUAUCCACCUCAUUCAUCCAUGAUGCAAACCUUUUUAUGUUCAUCAUUUCCAUUUAGUGAACAUCAUCGAAGUUGGAUUUGUGGACCAAAAUGUUUAACAUUAAGUUUAGGUGGUAAAAAUUAUCGUCAAAAGUACACCUCGUGGUGGAAUACGAUUUUUUAA